AAGAAUUUAACUGGUUCUACUAUCGAUGGAAUAGCGAGACGCUAGCGGCCGCGAACCAGACUAUUUGACCCAAUUUCAGGUGAACUUUUGCCCAGCGAACAAGACCUGUCAGUUUACAAACAGUGGAUGCAAAUCUAGGCCGUUUAGUGGGAGGAUACUAAGAUGAGUGGUCAAGGAGGAUAUGCACCUGUCCCAGGAGCAGGGGGUUACCAACCCCAAGGAGGAGGGUACCCCCCUAAGGGACCCUACCCACCACAGGGUGCCUACCCCCCACAAGGUGCCUACCCCCCUCAAGGAGGGUAUCAAGGGGGUCCACCUCCAGCCGGGGGUUACCCUGGGGCAGGACAGCCACCACCAUCCGGGGGAUACCCAGGGGCACCACCAGGUGGCUCCUAUCAAGGUGGAGGACCUCCACCUGCGGGGGCAUACCCACCGCAAGGAGGAGCUCCCCCUCUGGCGGGGUCAGUGCCCAAGUACUCAGGAGAGAUGCCCAACGAGGACGUGAUGGACGACCCAAGCAGUCAGGAGGCCCAGCCCACUGCCCCACCCAUGGAGAAAAUGGACAACAUCGGCGGAUACAGCAAUGUUGGAUUUAAUGCCAAUGUUUUACCACCCCCCUCCUAUGAGGAUGUGACCAAAGAACAGCCCCCUACGGAAAGACAGGCCAUACAAAACGUCCCGACAAUCACGGAACAGGACGCCCGGGAAUCCCUCCUGAACUUCGUGUCACAACAUUGCUGCUACGGGAAAGGAGCUGCCGAGGAUCUCAAGUUCCUGGAUCUCAAAUCCACCAGCGCAUUUCAUUACACUCUGGAGACGUAUGGAGAGGGCAGGUCUACAUGCUGGGCCUACGAACCAUACACAGGUCAGAUGAUUGAUGGCCCACAGAAUGGCACAGCCCCUGGACCCUGGGACAUCCAGGCCUCACCCCCCUCCCUGUUCCAGGACUACAACCAGAGCUUCGAGGUGCCCCACACCGCUUCUGUCAAGCCAUGUCAUGACUGUUUUGCUUCGGGAUAUGUCAGGUGCCACAGAUGUUUUGGGCGGGGCAGGGUCAGAUGUAGUAGUUGCCAUGGAAGUGGUCAUACCACUCGUUACCAUGACGGCGAACACCGACGUGAACGAUGUCACUGGUGCCAUGGUGACGGACGAAGAGAGUGUUACACAUGUCAUGGCCAUGGUAUGGUGGUGUGUAAAACAUGUGCUGGACAUAGAAACCUGAAGUGCUACAUCAAACUAACAGUUACCUGGAAAAACCACGUCAACGAUCACAUCGUGGAGCGGACACCUCUGCCGGACCAUCUCAUCCGGAACGUGUCCGGACAGAUUGCAUUCGAAGAGAGCAACCAGAGGGUUUGGCCAAUCAAUCAUUUUCAUGAGAGAGAAAUCAAUGAGGCAUCUGUGCGUCUGAUCCAGAAUCACCAAUUUCCCACAGAGCGCAUCCUCAUGCAGAGACACAAAGUUCGGAUUGUUCCCGUCACUCAGUGUUUGUACAAGUGGAAGAACACAGAGUCGGACUUCUACGUAUACGGAUUCGAGCACCAUUGCUACGCUCCCAACUAUCCCCAGACAUGUUGCUGUGGAUGUAAUAUUCUUUAAACUGACUCUGUUUGUGGUAUUCUGCAAACCGCCCGCGUAUGAACCAGUGACAUUUUUUAAUGUGCCCCUGUGGUAUUUUGUAAACUGCCCCUGUAUUUUGUAUUCUAUAGACCGCCCCUUGUGUAAAGUAUUGUGUAUAAAACUGCCUCUGUAAAAUACACUGUGUAACUGGAUUAACAGGGUAAAAACUGUUACAGCUUAAGAUUACAAAACAAAACAUGAAGCAAUUCUUAUGGAUUGAGUAUUAUGUAAAUACAUGCCUCCGUGUAGCAUCCUUGCAAGAAAAAAAACCAAUAGGAGUUGAAAAACCAAAACAUUGAGCCAUUCUUAUGUGUUAUUAUAAAGAUGGACUCGUUUUUCCUUUUUGCAUUUGGAUUUUUUUUCUAUUUACAGUGUAUGUAUUAAUUUGUUAGAAGAUUCAUUGCUUUCUUAUUUGAUAAUGUGUUGUUUUUGUCUGGUUGUAUCUUGCCAUUUCAAAGUUGAAACAAGUUGUAACAUCCCAAAAGAGCUGAUUUUGUGUAUAUAUGGGUGGAAGGGGGAGGGGGUCAUUUAUCACAGUAAGCUCUAGCUUUUGCUUUGGUCUUAGAGACGUCAUGUACUACUAUGUAAUUAUCAUAUCAGCAUGAAGCCUAUUUUAAGCAUUUGAACAUGUUUGAAUGUUGUAUAAGGGACGUACUUUCCCUGUUGAUGUAGUACAUGUAGGUACAGGAAUACAAUUGUGCCUAUGAAUUUUAAGUAAAAAUUUAUUUUACAAUCUAUUUACUUUUACUUGCAUUUAUUAUUCUUUAAUCCAGUUAAAACGCAAUAAAAUAUAUCUUUUAAAUUUAGCAUUUUACCUUUUUUUUUGAAAAAAAAUCUAGACAUAUUAGAAAAUAGUCGAAGUUGAACCCACCUAUAACAUUAACUACAGUUUUCUUUACCAUUUUUGCGAUCAAAACACAUAUUUUGAAAAUGAAUGAAGAGGACAGGAUUGUCAUGGUUUUAAGACCAAUAUAUUGACCUCCGGUCCCUAAUAUGGAAAUGUACAAAAAUAUUCCAAGUUUAAUCUAAAUUUAACAUGUUAAAGAACUUUACUUAUUACAAGUAUAUUGCAAAAUAAAAGUUAAGAUCACUUCUGGAAAUUUAAGAGAGAUCUGAUGAUUAAAUAAUUGCCCAUACAGCAUCCGUAAUUUUGUUAAUCAAGGUACAUGUAUAUGGAUCCGUCAAAAAUCAAUGACUUCCAAUAUUUUUUUCAUAGAAUUUAAAUAGAUUUAAAGUGAACAGUUCAAAUUUAUGAUCGUGGAAUAACAUAAGUUGAAUAAAACUUACCAGCUCUAUAAAGUGAGCUUUAUUUUGUUAACAUGCAUGCAUUAAAUAUUCUACAAUACAGCUAAUUUACAUGAAACACUUGUGUAUAUGAUACUAAAUUUAAAAAUGUGAAAUCAAACAUGUUUUUUAAGCACAAUAAUAUGUACACAAUCCCAGUUUAUAUAUUUAAUAAAUAAACAACAAUGUUUAAAAGUUCACCGGGAUGAACUUGGUCGGUCACGUGAUCAAAUCCUGUGAAGCCUGAAGGGCUUCUUAGCCGAUUUUAUCAUGUACCAACCAAGU